AUGUCUCUGAACGUGAGUCACCCAGUAGCUGAACAUGUGUGUGUGUGUGUGUGUGUGUGUGUGUGUGUGUGUGUGUGUGUGUGUGUGUCAGUUCUAGACUGGCUGGUGCAGCCCAAGCCGCGGUGGCUGGGGGGAAACGGAUGGCUGCUUGACGGGCCAGAGGAGGCACUGCAGGCCGAGGCGUGCAGCACCACGGAGGACGGGGACGAGCCGCUCCACUGCCCCACGGGGUACGAGUGCCACAUCAUCAGCCCCGGGAACCCAGCGGCCGGCGUCCCCAACCGGGGCCAGUGCAUCAGGCAGCGCGGGAACUCAGACGGACGAAACCUGAGACACAAAUACUUCAAGGACUACAAGGAUUACUACGGAAGUGACACCAACAACGCAGUAGGCUACGAGAAGCCCCACCACAGGAACCUGGGCUGAAGAGCCCCCCGCAGACCCAGCCCUCCUGUCUCCGUCUGGGGACCCCCUGGACCACCCUGGACCACCUGGGCCCACCCUGGACCACCCUGGACCCCAAAGGACCCCCCCAGGACCACCCUGGACACCCCUGACACCCCUGGACCCGGCACACCCAGCCCUCUUGUCUCCGUCUGGGGAUCACCCUGGACCACCCUGGACCCCACAGGACCCCGGUCCCCCCCACUCAUUCCCCGGCCCCUUCGCCUCCCCCCCUCCCCUCGCCCCCUCGCCCCCUCCCCCCCUCCCCUCGCCCCCUCCAUGGACCCCGACGGCCCCUCGUCACAUGCGGAGCCCCUCACAUUCGAUUGUUCGCAAUGUGAAUAUUUUCUGACCAAAGAACCAUUAGCAGGACUUUAAAUACCUGGUGGCCAGGUCAUGGACAGCGAGGACAUGGAGGUCAGCCCAGGGAUGUUCUGACUUCAUCUGAUCUCAGAAAUAGAUCUAUUCUUGACAUCUUUCCUCCUCUUUUGGUCUCCUACUCUUCUACUCUCUCCUCUCUUCUACUCUCUCCUCUCCUCUCUCUUCCUCUCCUCCUCUCCUCUCUCCUGUUCUCUUCUCUCUUCCCCUCUCCUCUUGUCUCUUCUCCUCUCUCUCCUCUCCUCUUUCCUCUCCUCUCCUCUCCUCUCCUCUCCUCUUCAACCCACAGCUAAAUUUAAACGAGAUGAUGACAUUCAUUUUUCUGGAUUAAUGUUUUUUCAAAUUUUGCUAAAUUUCAAAGCUGGGGUGAUAACCCUGGGUCCACAUUUACAUUUUAACCAAAUACAUCUCCUGAUCGAACGAUCAUUUUAAUCAAGUCAUAUCCAUGAUCCAAUAUAAAUAGAAACCCUAGUUAUAUCCCGAGGUAUAUAGGAGUGUUUCUGACUGGAUACUGACGCCGACACAAUGAAGCUAUAACCAACGACAUGUAAGAAAGUCAUUUCUGUUCCUCUGUGACGACGCCAGGGGUGCUGCGUGGGCCCCCGGCCUCAGAGCGGACACUGAGCUGCUCUGUGGAGAGAGAGCUGACGGGUCGAGGCUGACCAAUGGUGCUAUCAGAAAUAAAACUCAUCAUACGCAGGAAACAGUCACAGUUUAUUCAUUGACUUCAACAGGAUCUCCACCCUCCCGUCUCCAUCAGGACAUAGCUCCUCCAACCAGAGGGCUCAGGGUGGAGUAGGGGCACCAUCACACCACGACCAAGAAUAAAAUAUGUCAGGCGCCUCA